AUGGUCUCUGAGUUUGCUGGGGUCAAUGUGACCACCCAGCAGAUUUACAAUCACCUGAGAAAGUGGAGACAAAGGUGGGUUAAGGUUGUUAUGCUCAAGGAUUUGAGUGGUGCUCUAUGGGAUGAGGACCACCAUAUGAUAGUACUUGAUGAUGAACACCUGCUAGGCCACACCAAGGACCAUCCUGCUAAUGCUAAGUUCUUGAACAUACCAAUAGAGAACUAUGUUCAGAUGGAGGCCAUCUUUGGUGGUAACCAGGCAAUAGGCAGGUAUGCAAUGGGCUCAAAUGAGCCUCUGGGUACUUCAACCGACAUUGGCCAAGGUGAUAUUGAUACUGUUGAGGACAACACUGACUUCGGUGGCACAGAGGCUGAGUCUAGAAAGGGAACUACUUCUGGUAUGGAAGGCUCUAAGGGUUCUGAUGUCAAGGGCCAGGAGGAAAGGGGUGGCAAGAGAAGGAAGCUUGCCCUAGAGGAAAUAGACCUCAUGAAUGGAAUGAUCAAGGCUGUGGAGUCUGUAGGAGAUGCCCUCAAGACUCCACAGCAUAAUAAGAGGCAAAUGGCUUGGUAUGUUGUGUACCAUGGAAGAGUUCCUAGGGUAUAUUCAACUUGGGCUAGAUGCAAUGCCCAGACCUGGGGAAUACGGACAAUCAAACCAGAACUAGAAUCACCGGUUCAUACACCGAAACGGUGUAAACGAAAAACCAAACACGACGCUGUUCAUCCGGUAUCCUGUACUCGGUUGCAACCGAUCACACCCACUGACACGCUUUCAUCCUGCCGCCUCUGCCGCUGCACAGAACUCCAGCUACAGAAGAAGAAGAGCGCCCCGUCUCCGCCGCCGUCGGCCGCUGCAACUGCCACCGUUGUCACCUCCCCUCCGGCCACUGACAGUGUUCAGUCCACUGCUCAGAAGCAGACCGGGCGACAGGAGCUGGAAGAGCUCGUGGCCGCCAAGGCUAACACUUCAAGAACUGCAAGUGCGCCGAGCCAAGCUCAGGCUCGCCGCCGGCCUGCCCCGGCAGCCACGUCCCUGCCGAUGGCGUUCUGCAGCGCGUUGGAGGAGGCGAUCAACACGUUCGUCGACCCGCCUGCGCUGCGACCGUCCGUGGACCCGCGGAACGUGCUGUCGACCAACUUCGCUCCAGUGGACGAGCUGCCGCCGACGCCCUGCCCCGUCGUGCGCGGCGCCAUCCCGCGCUGCCUCGCCGGAGGGGCCUACAUCCGCAACGGACCCAACCCGCAGCACCUCCCGCGUGGGCCGCACCACCUCUUCGACGGCGACGGCAUGCUGCACUCGCUCCUCCUCCCGACGGCGGAGUCGCCGUCGUCGGACCCCGUCCUGUGCUCGCGCUACGUGCAGACGUACAAGUACCUCGUGGAGCGUGACGCGGGAGCGCCGGUCAUGCCGAACGUCUUCUCGGGAUUCCACGGCGUGGCCGGGCUGGCGCGCGGCGCCGUCGUGGCGGCCAGAGUACUCACUGGGCAGAUGAACCCAGCCGAGGGCGUGGGGCUCGCUAACACCAGCCUCGCCUUCUUCGGCGGCCGCCUCUACGCGCUUGGCGAGUCGGAUCUCCCGUACACCGUGCGCGUCAACCCGGCCACCGGCGAGGUGACCACGCACGGCCGGUGCGACUUCGGCGGCCGUCUCUUCAUGGGCAUGACAGCUCACCCGAAGAAAGACCCCGUCACCGGCGAGGUCUUCGCGUUCCGGUACGGCCCCGUGCCGCCGUUCGUCACCUACUUCCGGUUCGACCCGGCCGAGAACAAGGGCCCCGACGUGCCCAUCUUCUCAGUGCAUCAGCCGUCGUUCCUGCACGACUUCGCCGUCACGGAGCGGUACGCCAUCUUCCCGGAGAUACAAAUCGUCAUGCAGCCCAUGGGCAUGGUGGCGGGCGGCGCACCCGUUGGGUCUGACGCCGGCAAGGUGCCCCGGCUCGGCGUGCUCCCCAAGUACGCCACGGACGAGUCGGAGAUGCGGUGGUUCGAGGUGCCGGGGUUCAACAUAAUGCACUCACUGAACGCGUGGGAGGAGGCCGACGGCGAGGAGCUGGUGCUGGUGGCGCCCAAUGUCCUGUCCGUGGAGCACGCGCUGGAGCGCAUGGAGCUCGUGCACUCCUGCGUCGAGAAGGUGCGCAUCAACCUGCGCACGGGCGCCGUGUCGCGCACCCCGCUCUCGGCGGGGAACCUCGACUUCGGCGUGAUCCACCCGGGCUACCUCGGCCGGCGAAACCGGUACGGGUACCUCGGCAUCGGCGACCCCAUGCCGAAGGUCUCAGGGCUGGCCAAGCUGGACCUCGACCGCGCCGGCACGGGCGACUGCACGGUAGCGCGGCGCGAUUUUGGGCCCGGGUGCUUCGCGGGGGAGCCGUUCUUCGUCCCCGACAACGUGGAGGGGGACGGCAACGAGGACGACGGCUACUUGGUGUGCUACGUCCACAACGAGCGCACCGGCGAGAACCAGUUCGUGGUGAUGGACGCGAGGUCGCCGCAGCUGGACAUCGUCGCCGAGGUGGAGCUGCCCGCGCGCGUCCCCUACGGCUUGUCACGCAGGCCGAGCUCCAGGCGCAGCAACAAUAAUGAUCAAAGCACCAAACAUUCGUCUGAGGAUCUGUAG